AUGAAUGAAAAUGGCCAGAGACUGCUUGAAGUUUGCUGCUUUUAUGGACUCUUUAUUACAAACACAUAUUUCCAACUUCAGGAUCAACACAAGGUGUCUUGGAGACACCCGCGCUCUCAUCACUGGCAUCAACGUGACUUAGUCAUAGCUAGGCGUACUGGUCUCAAAAAUGUGCUACUGACACAAAGUUAUCAUAGUGCUGAUUGCAACACUGACAACGCCCUGGUGUCGUGCACAUUGAGGCUCACUCCUAAGAAAUGUCACCACGCUAAGCCGAGAGGUCAUCCCCGUAUCAACACAGAUCAUGUUCAUGACACACAAAGAAAGCAGGAUUUUGCCAGUAGUUUUGAAAGUGCUUUCCCAGGAAACGUGCAAGCAGACAGGAAUGUUGAUAAGAAAUGGGCAAAACUCUCGGGUGCAAUCUACAACUCAGCAGUAUUGGCCUAUGGAAUAAAAGGAAAAAGAAAUAAGGACUGGUACGAGCAAAAUUUGGAAGAAAUGGAACCAGUCACUGAGGCUAAACGGAAAGCCCUGCUUGCUUACAAAACAAACCCAAAUGAAAGAUCUCGAGAUGACCUACGAAAAGCAAAGAACGGGGCACAGCAAACAUCCAGGAGAUGCGCAAAUAACUACUGGCUGAAUUUAUGUGCAGGUAUACAGAAAGCGGCCGAUUCUGGGGAUGCUAAGGCAAUGUACUAUGGUAUUAAGAAAGCAAUUGGACCAACUGCCAGAGAAACAGUUCCUCUGAAGUCCAAGUCGGGUGAAGUCAUCACUGAUGAAGGCAAACAAACGGAACGCUGGGUUGAACACUACCUCGAGUUGUCUGCAGCCGAGAAUGAAGCUAGCAAGGAUGCAUGUGACGCCAUCAAACAAAUGCCAGUUAUGGAAGAACUACAUACAAUGCCUACUAUGGAAGAACUUAGUAGAGAAAUAGAUUCUCUUGCUAACGGAAAGGUCCCAGGUGAAGAUGGGAUCCCUGCAGAGGUUAUUAAGUAUAACAAGUCCGUUCUUCUCAAACAUUUAUAUUCACUUAUCACAACCAGCUGGGAAGAGGGUUAUGUCCCGAUGAGUAUGCGGAUUCGAGGAUAG